UCAGCAGCUGCGCUGCCUCCAUUAGCUGUGACCCGAAACCCUGUCCCGAACCGCUGCUGCUCCCCAGCCGGGAGAGCCCUUCCCUAGCUCCUGGGGCAGCCCCGGGCUCUGCCGACACCAGCCCCUGAGCCGGAGCCUGCAGCAGGUGAGUGCAAGCAGGAAACAUCUUUGUUCACAUGUGCUGGUAAAAAAGCAACUCAUGACAAGAUGCCUCCCAAGCGAUCCAAAGGAAAUGUUUCACAGGGACUGAACCAGAAAAAGUCCCUCAAGAAUCAGAGGAAAUUGGACAAGCUACAGAAGAGCUCUCUUGUGCAGAGAGAGGGUAAAUCAGCUAUCCGUGGGAGAGCUGUGAGGAAGAGCAAAGACACCAUCAUCUGCCAGAGAACAUACGCAGGGGAGAAGCCCAACAUCUGCAUUGAGUGUGGGAAAAGCUUCACCCAGAGCUCAGACCUUAUGAACCAUCAGAGAACCCACACGGGGGAGAAACCCUAUAAAUGCAUUGACUGCGGGAAGAGCUUCAGCGUCAGCUCAAACCUGAGUCGACACCAGAGAACCCACACGGAGGAGAAGCCCUAUCCCUGCACUGACUGUGGGAAAAGCUUCACAGACAAGUCCACUCUGACCCAACACCAACGCGUCCACACGGGUGAGAAGCCCUAUAAAUGCAUUGACUGUGGGAAGAGCUUCAGCCGCAGCUCCCACCACAAGAGGCAUCUGAGGAGCCCUCCAGAGAAGAGGCAGGACAAAUGCACCCACUGGGAAAGCGCCACUAUUGGGAAGGUGAAAGAAACUAAAGUGUCUAAGAAGAAAACCCCGACCAUUGAGAUCCCCAACACAUGCGCCGAGUGCUGGCAAAGCUUCAGCCAGAACUCCGACCUGGUCAAACACAUGAGGAUCCACACAGGAGAGAAACCCUACGAGUGUCCCGAUUGCGGAAAAAGAUUCAAUGUCAGUUCAAACCUGAUCAGACACCAGAGGAUCCACACAGGAGAGAAACCCUACACGUGCUCUGACUGCGGGAAAAGCUUCACUGACAAAUCCACUCUGACCCAGCACCACCGGAUCCACACAGGAGAGAAACCCUACAUAUGCACUUACUGCGGGAAAAGCUUCAGCCGCAGCUCCCACCACAAGAGACAUGAGCGAACCCACACCGGGGAAAACCCCGUGUCCUUUCUGCCCUUGUGGCCCUACCCCACCCAGACAUACUGAAAUGAUCCCAUUGGUUCUGGGCAAUGGGAGCUGAGGGCCCAGGAAUUAAGUGGGAGAUUUUUCCCAAGCUCCAGCGUGAUUCAGUAGCACAAUCCCCAUCAGCUUCCAAUAAGACAUAGGGUCCACUGUGCUUGCGUCACUUCUGGGCAUGAGACCUAGGUUCCUAAAUCAGUUAGGUGUUGCAGUGCCGCGUAGAGUUAAGUCUUGACAACUGUAAGAAUUUGGGUCUGAAAUCCCACCCAGAGCGAAGGGAGCUCUGUGAGGGGUUUCAUUAGAGCAUUAGGGAGUAAACUACCCAAAUUCCAUUAGUAUUAUUUGUAUUGUGGUAGCACCUAGCAGCCCCAGUCAUGGACAAGGAACCACAGUGCGAGGCACUGUACAAACACAGAACAGAGAGAUUUCCCUGCCCCACAGAAUCAACAGGAUCUGGGUGCCUAACUCACUUAGACCCCAUGAACAUCCAGAGUUUCAUAGAGUUGAGGGCCGGAGAGGACAAUUAGAUCAUCUAGUCUGACCUCCUGUAUAUCACAGGCCAUGAAUCUCACUCAAAUACUGCUAUAUCGAGCCUAAUUAUUCAUAGAUUCAUAGAUUCUAGGACUGGACGGGACCUCGAGAGGUCAUCGAGUCCAGUCCCCUGCCCGCAUGGCAGGACUAAUUACUUUAGUUAAACUAAAACCUUUCAACACUUAAGAGGCUAAUCUGUUGUGAGCCAGAGUAGAGAACAGGAGAGACCAAGGGGCCCCUGCCAUGGCUGGGAAUUGAUUAGAUGAGAGAUGCUGGGAUGAUUCCCAGCAGGCGAUUCACACCCCAUGCCGUGGAGGAAUGCAAAAAACGCCAAGAUCUCUGCACCUGGGGGGAAAUUCUUACCCAACCCCAAAUCUGGUGAUCAGUCUGACCCUGGGCAAGUGAGCAAAACCUGCCAGCCAGGCAUCUAGAAAGACAAUUCUCUGAACCACUUCAGAGCACUGGCUUACCUCAUCCUGGGUCUUGUUGCCAAUUUCUGAUGCUUCAGGGAAAGGUGAAAAAGAAACCCAGAUACAUCUGGCCAAUGGUGCAUUGGAAAAAACAUUCCUGUCCCCUGCAGGGGAGCGUCUGAAGCCCUGAAGCAUGAGAUUUGGUUAUUGUCAUUACAUAGUACAGCAAGUGUGCAGGGCGGGGGUGGGAUAAAAAGCCUGUUCUUUGGGGCACAUCUUUCAGCUGGGAGCUACUUCUUAGAAGAAUAUAUUUGAUUUUACAUGAUCAUUGGCCUGUAUGGAUGAGUUGAGGUGGACAGUGGAGCCCUGUUCCCAGCCGGGCUGGUGUGUACAACAUGAUUGGAUACCCCAGAACUGGCACUCGCUGGUCCCCUUGCACAGUGUCAGCAGGGAAGGCAAGCACUCAAGAAGCCCAGCAGAUCUGAACUCCCCUGAGCCCCAGGGAAACCCUGUAGACUUCAGCUGGAGCUAUGAAAUCAGAGUUCAGUCUGGGUUUAGCCUGCACUUCCGCUACCUGUGGUGAGGAUAUGAAGGGGCUGUUGAGCCCGGCUCCUCUCCCCAGCACUGAUCCCCAUCUCUCGUGCAGUUGGUCAGUUCUAACACACAUCCAGCGGAUCCCCCUGUGUUGAUGCAUUCAGAAAAGGGGGUUUCUCACUCCUGCUUUCCUGUGUAAAUAGCCCCUCCCCCCCAGUUAACUUUGCUGGCUCUGCGCUGGCACCUUCAGCCAGUCUGUGACACAUCACCCCAACUCCAGUUUGUCUUGCCGUCGGAGCUGAACUGAUAAGAUGCUGGAGCCAAGGGACUGGGGAUUCCCCCUUUCUCCAACUGGGAGCAAACUGCUUUGAGGCAGGUUAUAUUCCCCUCAGUCCACCCCACCCACCAGCCUUCGUUACCCUGCUCCCCGUAUCACACCCAGCCCAUUAAUUGACAUCUCUGCCCCAGAACGGGAAGCUAGGUGCUGCCGUGGUUCUGCUCCCCUGGCUCCGACGCCCUGGGCCUCAGUCUCCAGAGUUUGUUCCUCCCCCUCCCCUGGAGCGUGGGUCAGUUGAGGGGACUCACCGCUGCACCAGCAGAGUCCAAGAGCCCAGGGUGUAUGUGUGAGGCUGCUCAAAGCUGGAGCGGCUGCUCCCAGGGAGGCUGGGCACAUGGACUCUCCCAGCUGUGGCAGAGCCUUUCUCUGUUGUAUAUACUACAUGUGUAGUUGCCAAGUAUGUUAAAUGCAUUAUGCUUUAUAGAGAACACAUUCUAUUAAAAAAGCCUCAGGCGCCUUGGAAAAUCCCAGCCUGAGAUUCUGGACCAUUGUGAGAACAAUGAACAGGAAUCACUCAAGGAUGAGAUGGUAUGUAAAAUAUCC